AUGGUUGCCACUGUGCAUGGAAUCGUCCGUCCAAGUUACGAGUUCCAGUCACGACUCUUGAAUGAUGUCUACACUGAGUUCAAUAUCGACGUCAAAGAUAUCGUUUGCUUCGAAGCGCAUGGUGCAUGCAACCGGAAAGACGAUGAAGCUGAAUUGAAAGCAAUUGAUGCCGUAAUAUGCUCAAGGAGAAGAGACCCUCUCAUUGUGAGCUCUGUGAAAGGAAACAUUGGGCACACAGAGGCUACCUCAGGUCUGGCCAGCAUUGUGAAAUGCAUCAUAUCUUUUCAAACGAAGAUCAUCUACAACUGCGUCAACUUUCAAGUGCCCAACCCUGCCAGUAAUGCACUUAAGAGUGGGAGAAUUGUGAUACCUACUUCAAACUUUCCUGUCCCUGAAAAUCCUAAUGGACUCAUGGCAGUGAGCUCAUUUGGCUUUGGGGGCCUCGGUGGUCAUGCCGUCCUCCGCAGAUGUCCCGACACAGUGACCCAGAUAGCGGAUUGUCCUAUGUUGAUUCCACUGACCUUGCAGCCGUAUGCGAAUUUCCAAGACGCAGCAAUAGACAUACUCAGACACAUGGGAGAUCCAAGCUUUUACAGGUUCUUUCUCAACUCUGAACUCAGUAAAGGGAAUGCUAUGUGGGAAAGGAGUUUUUUCAUUGUCAACUCUGACAAAGGCUCAUUGCAGUACUUUGAUGUCUCAAGCAUGGACCCGGUAGUCACCCCAGUUUGCGUUGUCUUCACUGAUAUGAUUUCUUCCCCAUGGAGCCCUAGUAAGGAUUUGAUGAAUAUCCCGUCAGUGCGCCAAACUUUCGAGCUCUGCGAUCAGGAGGUGAUCAAGUUGAAACCAGACAGAGAUGGCAUUCCAACCAUGCUGGAAUCUAUCAAAGUACCAUCACCUAUAGAAACUGGUGGCUUGACUUUGAGACUAUCGUGUCAAAUUGCUCUGAUAGAGUUGCUGAAAGCUAUGGGAGCCUUGGACAAAGUGGCGCUGUUGCGUGGAGAAGGAGUGGGUGGCCUGGCUGUAGCCUACGCGGACCGCUGUCUCAGCCUGGCCCAGUGCAUCAGAGUGGCUCUAGCCAUGGAAGAAAUCCUUGUUCAAGAGAACGUAGACCACCAAGAUACGACUCUGAUGAAGGUUUCGGUGGAUGAGGAUACUGUGCACCAGCUAGGGCCGUGGGUGCGUGUUCUCAAGAAGUUGGAGCAUGGGAAAUACUUCAUUGCUGUGCUUCAUGGCAAAAAGAACACAGUCAUUCAGAAACUAAAAGAAAAAGGUCAUACUUAUGAAGUCUUGAAAUUCUGUGUGCCUAUCUACUGUCAUAACCAGGACAGGCUCAAGGAUAAUCUUAAAACAAGGUUCCAAAAGAUCAUCCCCCGUCCAGCUAUCUGGUCUGCCAAGUCUGAGGUAGCUGGUCUUAAGCCACGAGGGAAUGGUGUUCAAACUUGUAGUCCAGAAUUCCUUGCCACCUUACUGUCAGGCCCAUGGGACGAAGACAGUGUAAAGGAAAUGUUUGUAGAAGAAAAAAGGAUCAAAACCUCCAGCUCAAUGACUAAUUACAGUCCCUGGUCAGAGGAAAGUGUCCGAGGUAACCUUUUGUCAAAGCCAGAAGACUUUUACAGUGAAGAUCACCAAAUGGAUCUAGAUAGCAUUCGGAACGAUGGUUUUGUUGAUCGAGAAAAGAGGGAAUUCCUCGUCCUAAAGUGCUUUGAAUCCUCGGUGAAGCAUGAGCCUAUGUUCUUUUUGGAAGAGGAAUUGAGGUGUUCUGGUGCAGACAGGAGUGACAGGGAGGUCAGAGAGAUUCAGCCCAACAGUGAAGGAUUCCUCACUACUCUAGGUCGCAUCCAUGUUGCAGGUCACAGAAUCGAGGCUACACGUCAACUUAGCAUGGUGGAGACACAACCCUCGAUGUUCACUGGUUAUUUCCCAACUGAUCAUCUAUAUGGCUGGACACGUACAGCGCACUGCGAGACUGUGGACUGGACAAGGACUCGUGCCUCUCAGCGACUUCCAAAAACGAUGUGUAAACGCAUCUUCCCACCUGAAUAUGCAGCUGUCUCUGAUCCACCCGGAGUAGAGCUAGUCCACAUCUUGCUUUCUUCUGCGGCAGAGUUUUUUGAGAAGGACCUCCAGAAGGGGCAAGUACUUGCGUUCGAUAACGUCAGACUGGCACAUGUGACCUCCAUUGAUACAGACCACUCUGACCCCGGAUCCGUGCUCUGCAAGGUGUCAGCUGCCUCCAAAAAGUUUGUUGUUGAGCGGGUUGGAAGUCUGUCACUUCUUGGAAGUUUAGAAGUUUACUCAGAGAAUCCGGUCCCAGAAGAAUACAGCUUCUUGGACCAAGUGUCAAGAUUUCCCAAAGAUCGCUCAUUGAAGGGGCUUUUGAAGGAUAUGCUGUCCUUUUUGAUGAAUGGGUAUCAUGAGCUGUGGCCACUCCGCUUGAUUUGGGACCCAUCUCGACAUUCAAAACUCUGUGCUGCAAGAGGUGCAACAUUGCAGUGCUCACUGGGAUUCACUGCAGGGCUCAUGACAUGUGGAGGUCUAAUCAUCCAAAGUCACCCUUCAAAAGGCAACAGUUUCAAAAUCUCAGAUUUAUGCUGUCCGAACCCUGCCGAAUGUUCAUCUGAAGCUGUUUCGACGGAACCUCUUGAAACAGACGAGCAGCUUAUCCUGAGCCGUCAAACACCCUCGUUGUCCUUACGUAAAACCCUCAAACAGGUUAGGUUUUCACCUGAUCAAAUCUUCAAAAUUCAAAACGUCAAAGCAGAAGUUCCUCUCACACCCGGGCCAGUGCCAAAGAGUGGACCCAAGGAUAGGAGGAAGUUACAUGAGGAACACGCAAGUAAAAAAUCUGUUAUUUUUGAUUUCACUCAAAAUUUAAACAACCAAUGUCACUCAAGUGCAAUGGAAAGAGACCGAAUACUCGAAAAGUCAGAGGAAAAUGCUAUGGGACUUUCAGAUAUCUGCUGUUCUGGAAAUUUGGCCAUCCGAGCAGAUCUCGGAAUUAUGCUGAUGGAUAUAUUGGACAGCUGGCCUCAAGGCACUUCUUUACAUGUGUAUGUGGUACCUCCAGAGAGCCCUAUCUCAGAGGCUCCAUACGUGAUCUAUUUGUUAAGACAACUCACACCCUCAAAGGUUAAGGACAACGAUGUAGCUGUACUUCUCAGAGACCGAAGCACAGACCUCAUUGAGGAGUGCCAUGGUGUCAAUGACUGCUUGUCUAUGAUGUCAUCAUUCAUCGAAGACUUAUUUGUAACCCACAAGGUUAGAUUGUUUGCCAUAAAGGCAUCCUUGGAUCAUGGGCUACUUUCUAUCUUGGAAUGGGAACCUCUUUUGCUGAAAAAAGAAAUGUUGUCGUCAAAAAGAAUGGAAAAAACAAUCUCAUCCGAAGACUCAAAGAAUCAUAGUGUGUGCAGUAUGAAUGAUGAAGAGGAAUCUAAAUCAUGUGUGCUAGGAGAUGGCGAAACAUUCCACGUCUGUGGGAUGCAAUACCUGACUCAGCUAUGGAGGAAGAACACCAUUUUCUCUUUAGAACUAGAUGAUAUGUUUGUCAAGACUCUCACAAAACUGACAACAAUAAACAAUCACAUCGUCGGCUUUGUUGUCCCCCAAACCUGUAGGGAUUUGGACCAGAGUUGUGACAGAGAACACAACGAAAAUACCAUUUUCCCAACAUCCACGGAAAGAUCUCGUGAUGAUUCCAGGAUUUUUGCCAGGCUGAGGUCUGCCUCAGACAAUAUGUUUGAUUUACCAAAUGGCAAGCUAGCCUCUGAAAUUCACUUGACAAAAACUAAAUCCACCAGCUUUGAUGAAGAUGACAUAUUUGAAAAAAUGACAAACUCAUCCUCAGAUUUUCCCCUCUUUCUUAUGUCUGUCAGAAACAAAGGUAGAGGUGGAAAAAAGUCGGGAAGAAAGAAAAUCCUCAGUUAUUUAUACUGCAAAAACCCAAAGGAAAUUCUGUCUUUCAAAAAUCUUGAUGAAAUGGUAUCUUGCCUGAGCCAGAGAUUUCCAGGAAUCAAAGCGACACAUGAUGUUCUCUUCUCCCAACUUACUAGAGAGACUGAUAACUUUGAUGAGCUACUGUACCAUUUCUGGGAAUCGGACAAAUGCAGAGAUUUUUCUUCUUCUUCCCUAAGUAGCUCUUCCAUAUAUUGGUCAAUGGAAAAUGGAAGCCCUUUUGAAGAAGUAAUGACACCUCAGUUCAAAGACUGUCCUUCCGUCACAGUGACGCCGCCAAAGGAAGCGGCCACUUUUGAGUGCCCCGAAACUGUAUGGGAUGGCAGUGUCAGAGUUGCUCAUGUAGUGGAUGGCUCCUCCUGUUUCCAAGGUUUGAAUGUGCCUGAUAAAGAGAAUCGGAGAAAAGCUUGCUGGCCUGCUUCAGAGACAACUGAUAACACCUCUAAAACUGGUACACCAUAUCUCUCCAAACAAAAUAAUACUGAUAUCAAAAUUAUUAACACAAAGGACGAAUGCAGUGUACCUGAGAUCUCAAAAUCCAAAGGACUGGAAUACUCUGAAGUAAUCAAUUCUGACUACCCUGAAGCCGUUCCACAAAUAUCUUGCAAGAAUGGGAGUGUUCCCCAUACCCCAUUGUUUGGUGUUUUGGAUGCCUGCAAUAGAACUGUAUCUGAUACAGCUGAGAGUCAUGCAAAUUACAGUUCUGAAGUAAACAAUCACGUUUACUCUAAAAACAUCACUCCCAACACUUCUGAGAAUAAUUCAAAGGACACUAUCGAUGUCAUCGCUGAAACGUCUACGGAUAUCUUGGGUAUAUCAGACACAGAAAGUAAAAGCACUUCUUCAGACAGUGCAUUCAGUACCCCAGAAAUGCAGAAACAGUCAGGCAAUGAAAAUGAACAAAAUUCCAAAAUCAUAGAGUAUGAAACUCAACACUUUGAAUAUAAUAAAACCACCAAAGAACCCUGCUGGACGAUGUCUCCUGAUUCUACAGAAAAAUCGACGUCUUCUGGGAAUGCAUGUAAUGGCUCCGAUGUUGGUGCUUUGAAUAUCAGAAGAAAUGAUACCUCUCCAGUUAUUGUACCCUUUACUUCUGUGUGCAGUGCUAUGGAUAUCUUGAACAACAAGGCAACUGAUGCUUCAAAUGUUGGUGAGGAUAAGGCAUUCAUUUCCAGUGUGAAUGAUAUUGGGAUAAUUAAAAUAUAUGAUGAAAGUAACUGCAAAACACCCACUUCCUCUCAAGUGAAAACAAAGACCAGUGCUACUGUACAAACAAUAGAGAAUCCUGCAGAACAUGCAGUUUCAAACUGUUUCUUCUGUGAAAGCAGCCGUGAAAAAAAAGAUUACUCACUCCCCUUCACUGACAACUUUGAACAUUCAAACCCACUUGCAUCAGCUUCUUCGACUGUUACAAGCUAUAAACAGGUGCCUGAUCCUUCUUUAAUUCAGAAUCAAUCAGCCACCGGUUUAAGUAUUCUUCAAAAUCAGCCUGCAAGUGAUAAUUUGGAAACACAAGAUAACUCUGAAUCGGAACCUUCAACACGUCUUGCUUCAUCUGAGAACAUCGAAAAGGAGAACUCUAAGACGACUCUGUGUUUCGCUCCAGUAUUUCUACCUAGUAAAGAUGACAAGAGUAACUCUGGAACUCUGCCGAAGUCAUCAAAAGAAUUUAGAAACGAAGAAGAACAGCCCAAUGUUAAUUCAUUGAAACAUUCUUCUGCGCCAGGUACUGCAGGGGGUCAAAACAUUGCAACUUUUGAUAAUGCAUGUUUUCUUUCAACCAUUGCUUACGAAAGCAGUGAGGACAAACAUAGUCAACAACUGAUCUCAAGUGUCCGCAUCGCUCUCAUUGUCCAGCUGUAUGACCGUACAGGUCCGGAAGAUCCUGUGAACAAGAAAGCCAUGGGUCAUCUAUUGCUCUACCUGACGGAAUGUGAAAAGGAGCAAGGGGGUGAUGCUUACCUGGGAUUAGUGCUGGUGGAUAAUGGCAAGCCAUCUAUCCACUCCCGGUUCCGUGUGAACAAGCAUUUCAGCCUCUCCCACCUUGAGAAUGUCCUGAAUGUGAUAUUUGCUCUUCACAUCCUGAGGGAUCUAGGCCGACUUAACAGUAGAAAUAUCAGCAAAAAGACGGUGCUCGUCCAACCUCCUUUAUACAAGGACUCUGGUGUCAUGCUGCUGGUAGCUCACCACCUGGGCUGUAAGUUUGUGAUUUCUGCGUCAAACCUAACUUUUGUUAUUGAGGAACUGCGGACUUUAAUGCCACGAUGUAUUAUGUUGCGGGACUCUGUCAGCAGCCAUAACGUACGUCCGCUCACAGACGGGCAAGGAUGUGACGUAGUCAUCAUGUUCCAGCCUCGUCAUGAGCUCUUUGAAUUCCUGAGUUUAGUAAAGACUAGUGGGUCCGUGGUGCUCUGUGGCAAUGUGGAUUCUGAACGAGACAUCGGUUUGAGUGUGUUCCUACGCAACAUUUCCUUACACUGCGUUGACGCGAAGCACGUGGUCCAACAAACCAUGACCAUGUCCCCUGAAAAGCACGCAGAGUUCGAGAAUCUGAUGGAAGAUACCAUGAGCUCUCUCAAUGACACUAUCUCCAAUUUAUACCCGUCUGGAGUGGAAGGUUAUUUCUAUAGAGUAUUGGGCAAGGUUCUUGAGUUGAGCCCAGACCACAGACCCAGUGAAAAAGAUCUCCUGAAUUCUCUGUUUGUUGGACCAGAGACUGCGAGUCACGAGUAUGGGAACUGUUUAUCUGUCCAAACUUCAGUGGUUUGCUAUAUUGCUGAAAGAUUGCUCACACCAGCCCCUGUCUCCAGCAGCGUCAUUCCUUCUGUGUUUUCUCCCGAAACAGCAGAUGUCAGUUCAAGCCAUUCUACACCUGGUCCUGCAAAUCUAAUGGAAAUGGCAUAGGAAAGCUGACAGAAAACGUCUUCAUAGCAAAAGUCACAGGAUUCACGUUGAAGUUAAAGGGCAAACACCCAACUCGUCGAACUUGUCUUUUUUCCACAUGGAACAUGCUGAAUGCCUUCCCCUGGAACAAUCGUCUGUGUUUCGUGAACUGAGUCAAGAUAUCAACUAUAAUUGUUCUAAACACUGUGACUGAGUCAGAUCACCCUUGGUUUGAUAAUCAUAAUACCAUGAUUAUGUCAUGUGUGUUUAUUUUGGAGAAGACUGUUAAUGGUCUAAUGGGUAUCUGUUCUCAGAAAUAAAUUUUCUCAGGAAAUUAUCUAAUAAUGUCCUAUUGUUGUGUGUUUGUUCUUCCAAUUCCUGGAGCGCUAGUUCCAGUGAAGGAGACAUCGGUUUUUACCUUUUCAACCAAGACUCACAACCAUAAAUCCAUGAGUUCAAAUCCAGUCAGGCAUCCAAAGUUUUGUCCUUGGGAAAGGCAGUUUACACGAAUUUUUCUCACUUCACCCAGGUGGAAAUGGGUACCCGGCUAUAACCAGUGGAAGAUCUAGUCAGUUUGCUAUUUUUUGAGCGCAUAAAACCCUCAGCUUGUAGUGUAUGUGUCCUAGGAAACCAAUAAUGUUUCUGAGUGUUAUAGGGUCUGUGCUGGGGUAAUAGUACGUGUAAAGCGCAUAGAUUAUGUCGGAGAGCACGGAUAUGCCUUAUAUUAAUGCAAUUAUUAUAAUAAUAUUAUUAUUAGUUCUAGGCGACUCUGGCCCCGAUCUCCAAAACUACCAUCAAGUACUGACAGGUCAGAAAAACUUGUUGACUACAUUCACUGAGGGCAUACAUUUCCUGUCUUCAAGAACCGUUGUUUAAAUGACCAACACGAUGAAGAGAUUACUGAAGUUAGAUAAUAUGGACUGUAACAUGUUAAUAUAUCAUUUUUCGCUGUCUUCUUUUAGAUAGACUUGAAUUAUGGGGUUGCCAACUCGGGCGUUAACUAAACUUGCAAUAUACUAGAGUGUAACACUCCAAUCUAAAAAGGGUCAAAUUCGUUCUUUUCUUAUUUGAAAUGUAUCUUUUCAGCCCGAUAUAAAGUAAGAGCCUCGAAAAUAACAUGUUUGUAUCCAAUUGGGGUGCUUUUCUGGAUUAAAAAGAAAUAUG